UCGCAGCGGACGCACGUCGCCGUGUCGCUGGCCGCCGCUCCCGCACGCGUUCGCGAAAAACUUUUCAGUGUUGUGAAUACAGACGGACGAUAUAAAAUGAACAUUUUAAUUUCCGUGUGCUGUGAAUUUUCGGUGUAACAGACUGAUCGGGCAUAAGUGUGCUGAAGAGGCUAAUUACCAGUUGCUAAGCUAAUUGGCGAGCCGGCGUUUCAUGAAGGUACAACAUCACAUCACACUACGCUAACUGUACUUUCAAGAAACAUUUUUAGAAAACGUAAUUCAACGGUUCCAGACGAUAGCAAUGACAAGUGAUACUAAUAUGCAGUGCGAGAGGCGAACGCCGCAGCAAGGAAGCGGCGGUAGCCCCGGGCUAGGCUCACACAUGCUGGCCAUGGACGUGACGAAGGAGGCGCGCGCGUCGCCGCUACCGGCGUCUGCGCAGCAGCCAGCUUCGGCUUCUGGACAGCAGCCCCCGCAGCCUCAGAUCUGCGCCGGCUGCAGCAAGGUGAUCACCGAGCGGUACCUCCUGAAGGCAUUGGACCAGCUCUGGCACGAGGACUGCCUCAAAUGCGGCUGCUGCGACUGCCGGCUUGGGGAGGUCGGGCACACCCUGUACACCCGCGCCAACCUGAUCCUGUGCAAGCGGGACUAUCUACGGUUGUUCGGCAACACCGGCUACUGCGCGGCCUGCAACAAGGUGAUCCCCGCGUUCGAGAUGGUGAUGCGUGCGCGCAGCAACGUCUACCAUCUGGAGUGCUUUGCGUGCCAGCAGUGCAACCAUCGAUUCUGCGUCGGCGACCGUUUCUACCUGUGCGAGAACAAGAUCCUCUGCGAGUACGACUAUGAGGAGCGCCUCGUGUUCGCCAACAUGGCCUACAACCCGCCUCCGCUAUCGCAUCUCAAGCGGCAGACCACGCACCUCCCUCCUCCACCGACAAGCAGCGCGAUGGGCGGCAUGAUCAACGGCUCGGGCCGCGCCGGCGACCUCAACAACAACAUGUCAGGCGCUUCUCCCGCGCCCUUCGCCGCCCCCCCGCACCUCAAGCCCCUGGGUCUUUCUGCGUCCAGCUGAUCUGACUAUCGCGCCUGAGACGCGGCCCACCCGUACGCUAAGUACCAAAACUAAGCGUGCGCGUGGUAACUAACCGAAAACGCCAUCUAGUGACGCGAACGGUCAGAAACAGACAUUACGGAGACAAAGUGCUUCUGUGUAGAAUAAUUGCGAAUGCCAAACUGUAGUUAGUUCACAUUUAUUAUACCUACGUGGCAUAUCCACACUUUUGAUCCAACCCUCGAGAAUGUAAUUAGGAAAAUGUACCGUCAGCAAUGAAACUAGCUUCGUGAUUGUUCAAAAUGCGCAAAUCUAGUUCCAUUACGGACCUACGUUUAGUUGUAAAAUCUCAUACCUUGAUCUCAGAACAGGCAAUUUGCUGUAUAGUGUAAGAGCGAUGUGCGAAGAAUGGUGUUUAAAAUUAAAUUUCUGGUUGAUGGUGUUAAGCUGGGAACACGCGCAGUGUUUUGGAAGCUGCUGAAAUGGAAUGUGGUCGAGAAACUGUUAAAGAAAUCGAGUCAACUAGAUAAUGUAUUUCUAUGUUGUAGCAUUUUUGGGCUUACAUUUCUUGUGUGUCCUAAGUUUUACCGCAAUCAAGGCAAGCGCGGGUUAUAAGACUGCCUGAUUUAUUACUUUCACGAGCGAUGAAAUAUAUCCUAGUAUGUAAUAAUAAAUGUUAUGUGUAAAUAUUAUUAAGACAUUCACUAUUAUUAUCGAUGUAAUGUAUUAUAGUACAAGCAUUCUUUUUAAUAUUUAGGACUUCUUGACACAUAAAAUUCGUUUUUUUUUUAAAUUUAGAUUUAUUGUAUGAUUUUUAUGUUGUACAAAUAUUUAUGUGGACUACAUAAUGUUGUUUAUUUAUACCUUUUUUAAUUAGAAGUCAAAUUACUUAUGGAUUCCUAAUAGUACUUAUUUAUCCAAUUUAAUCCUAAAUUGAUUUAACAAACUUGGAUAUUAUAAUUAUACUCCAUGUGUUUUUUACAUUAUAAUUAUUUUUAAACUUUUGGCUAAGCCGUUUCGAAGAAAUGAUAUUUAUUUCAUACUUAAAACUCAUUUGUUAUUUCGUUUUGUAUCUAUAUUGUAUAUUAAUUGUUAAGUUUACUAUAAACAUUGUUAUAAUGUUUGUAUUAUUUAUGUAAAUAAAACUCUCACUUUAAGUAGAAUAUUGUAUCUAAUAAAUAUUCAAUUAAAUAGCGAAAUGUGGAUAAGUGUUUAUAUUCAAAUAGUUCAAAUUAAACUUGUAUUUUUAUUUCUAGUCAGUAUUUUAUCAAGUUGAUCUACCAUUUCUACUAUACUGGCAAGUUUCUGUGCGACGGAUUCUUAGAACUGUCAUUUAAGGUUGAAACGUCAAAGUACUGACUCGAAAUGAAAAUUCUAAUUUUCUUUAGCGAUAUUUGAAGGCAUCCGUGUAUUGUCUAUUGAUUUUCUAUUUUUCUGCAUUUAUAGGUACAGUUGUCAACAUGACCUUGUCGUUUAAUCAUGUAUGUUAAAUCUGAACUGUUAUAAUAAUAUGUGUAUUAGAAAGGGAGUGAGCAUAUUGAAGAUUGACCAGUAUUUUCAUCUGGAUUAAGGACGAUUAUUGGGUAAAGCGAUAUUGGUGUAUAUUACAGUACAUUUAACUAUAAUAAUGAUGUUACAGUGUGUCCUCUCCCUUAGAUGUGUAAACUGUAAUGAAACUCAGUGUCGGCUGUAUCUUGGCAUUCCUGUUAGCAUGAAGACCACUCAUUAUGUCAGGUUCUCUUUUAACCAAUGAUAACAACCAAAGAUGUAGUACAUUAAAGCCUUGUUCAAAACUUA